AACAAUCUCCAACUUCCCAUUGCUAUCCAGCUAGCAAUUUUUCUCAACCAUACUAGAUACUAUGGUAAUGCUAUCUCUCCUAAUGAUGUGGGCCAAUGGGCAGGUGUUAGUGUUGGAUUGGUAAUCAAUUGUAGUAACUGUGUAAUGAUUGCCCUCCUUGAUCAGCAUGACACAUUCAUCUGCUUUCCUACUCCUGACUCUGACAAUGCUGAGCAUGCUCAGCAAUAUGUCAAAUCCAAGUCUUGCCCUGAGUAG